ACAAAAAUGAAUCGCGCAGCGGAUAAACUAAUUGAAUUUUAAAAAUAUUUUUGAAUAAUUUCACUUAUCAGUAACGUAAUUGCCAACAAUAUUCUGUUGUGAGAAUACCCAAAGAAUUUUAAAUAAAGUGGUUUAUUGGUUACUCCCUGGAUAUCGAGAAUUCUCGAAUAUGUACUUCAAAACAUUGAUACGUAAAAUACACCGGCGCAGUUGUUUACAGUUGAGAAAAGUACCGGAUAAACCUUUAGGCACCGAAAAGGUACAGGAUCUGCUGAACAAUGCAGCUACCUUCGAAGAUGUCCGAUCACGAAACAGCGAAACGGAAUCCUGGGCGACGUUACCAUACGUUGAAGGAACAUUUUUCGGCAACCGCAAUCAGGGGCAGAAGUCUACAAGACCAAAAAUAGAUCCACGAGAAACAACCAUUAUCCUUUUCCCCGGACAAGGAUCCCAAUAUGUUGGAAUGGCAUCGCGGCUCCUAAAAUUCCCAGGAGCGAGGGAUAUGUUCGAACUCGCGAACCACGUGCUGGGGUAUGAUUUAUUAAAGCUGUGCGUUGAAGGUCCGAAAGAAAAGUUGGACAAAACAAAAUACUGUCAACCGGCAGUGAUGGUGUCUUCACUGGCCGCCUUGGAACAGCUGAAGGAAGAAAGGCCCAAUGCGAUCGAAAACUGUUUUGCAACGGCUGGCUUCAGUUUGGGCGAGAUAACUGCGUUGGUCUUUGCUGGAGCGCUUCCAUUCGAUAAGGCCGUUCGAUUGGUUCAGAUUAGAGGCGAAGCUAUGCAGGCAGCAAGCGAACAGAACCUGAGUGCCAUGGCCACUGUUUUGUACGGCCCUGAAGCACAACUCGGAGUAGCUUGCAAGGCAGCCGUUGAUUGGUGCAUCAGCAAAGGUGUAGAAAAUCCGGAAUGCAGGAUAGCCAACUAUCUGUAUCCCAGCUGUAAGGUUCUUGCUGGUAGCGAAGAAGCUUUAAAAUUUCUAGAAGUAAACAUGAAAAAAUAUGGGAUCAAACGAACAAAACGUCUUCCGGUGAGCGGCGCAUUCCACACCGAACUGAUGGCUUCGGCAGUAGAACCGUUUGCAAAGGCGCUCAAAAAAAUUCACAUAGAAGAUCCCAUAAUCAGUGUGCAUUCAAAUGUAGACGGCAAACGGUAUCGGAAUGCGGGUCACAUCCUGGGUCAGCUGCCGAAACAGAUCAUUCGACCGGUCAAGUGGGAACAAACCUUACACGUUCUGUACGAACGCAAAAGUGGAGAUCAUUUUCCGCGCACUUUCGAAUGUGGUCCAGGGCAGGGUCUGAAGGCCAUUCUCAAGCAAGUCAAUGCAAAAGCGUGGGACUCGUCAUUUAGCAUACAGGCUUAGCUAGCUUCUUUGUGAAAAUAAUUUAGGGAAAUAAAACCAGAUUGUUAUAAAAUUUACAA